CUUUACAUGACAGACGCAACUUAUGUGCUGCUGGAGUCUCUGUGAUGUCUGUCAGUGGGAAUCUAGGAUAAAUGGCACACCGACAGCACAUGCAUUCAGCGUGAUGCGAAGAGGGAAUUUAAUUCUGAUUAUUGUCUAAUGCGUCUAAUGUGGAUUCACUUCAAUCUGAACUUGGAACAGUAAAUGCGCAACUUGUUUUCCAGCGUUUAUUUGGACUGCUGGGGAUUUUCAUCAUGGCUUUACUGUGGCUCUUUCUGCUGAUCAGAGGAAAUGUGUGAACACCUUGAAAUAUUCAUAAGUGAAGUUUCACAUCUGUGAAGAAACCACUUGGACAGGAGCCUCAGGAUGAGAAGAUGGCAGCCACUUUGUUUCCAUCGGGUCCUGACAGUCUACACCCGUUCACUCGUGAGUCCCUGGCUGGAAUCGAACAGCGGAUCACCGAUGAGGAGGCACGGAAUGCCAAGGAGUACAAAGAGGACCUGGGUGAUGUGGAGCCGCUCAAGUCCCGGCCCGACCUGGAGGCCGGCAAACAGCUCCCGCGAAUCUUCGGAGACAUUCCGUCCGGACUGGUGGGCGUCCCACUGGAGGACAUCGACCCAUUUUACUUCCAGAACAAGAAAACUUUUAUAGUACUGAACAAAGGGAAGGCCAUCUUCCGGUUUAGUGCCACGUCUGCACUCUAUAUUUUUAGCCCUUUUCAUCCCAUUAGAAGAGCAUCAAUAAAGAUUUUAGUACACUCUUUAUUCAGCCUUUUCAUAAUGUGCACUAUUUUGACCAACUGUUGUUUCAUGGCGAUGUCAGAACCGGCGCAGUGGGCCAAAUAUGUCGAGUACACGUUCACUGGCAUUUACACGUUCGAGUCAUUGAUUAAGAUCCUGGCGAGGGGCUUUUGCUUCGGGCCGUUCACCUUCCUGAGGGACCCGUGGAACUGGCUGGAUUUCAGUGUGAUUGUUAUGGCAUAUGUUACUGAGUUUGUGGACCUGGGAAAUGUCUCAGCGUUACGGACAUUCAGGGUUCUACGAGCACUGAAAACUAUAUCAGUCAUCCCAGGCCUGAAGACCAUCGUUGGCGCUCUGAUUCAGUCGGUGAAGAAGCUCGCAGACGUCAUGAUCCUCACGGUCUUCUGUCUCAGUGUGUUCGCUCUCAUCGGCCUGCAGCUCUUCAUGGGAAACCUGAGGCAAAAAUGCGUCCGCAGCACCGCACACUGUCUCAACACCACGCUACCUUCAUACAACAACAGCACUUUCUUCUGCAAUAACAGAACCUGGUCCUCACUGGAGGAAUUCAUGAGCAAUGAAGACAAUUAUUUCAAAAUAGAAGGAGCCAAGGACGCCUUAAUAUGUGGCAACGCAAGUGACGCUGGCAAAUGUCCUGAUGGAUUUGAAUGUAUGAAGACCGGACGGAACCCAAACUACGGCUACACGAGCUUCGACACCUUUGGAUGGGCUUUUCUCUCGCUUUUCCGACUCAUGACUCAAGAUUACUGGGAAAACCUUUAUCAUCACACUCUACGGUCCGCAGGAAAGGCAUACAUGGUGUUUUUUGUUGUGGUGAUCUUUCUGGGCUCCUUCUACCUGGUGAAUCUGAUUCUGGCUGUGGUGGCCAUGGCGUAUGAGGAGCAGAACCAGGCCACCAUCGCUGAAGCACUUCAGAAAGAGCAAGAGUUUCAGCUCGCCAUGGAACAGCUGAAGAAAGAGCAACAGAUUGUUCAGAAAGUGCAGGAAACAGAGUCCAUCUUAACCGCGGACAUGUCGCCUUUCAACUCACAAGACAACAGAGGGAUUCUGGACCGGAGGAAAAGCUCGAGGCCGCUGUCAGAAGGGACGGAGGAUGGCAGUAACGACAAAACCACAAAGCUGGACACUAUAGAGGGCAUGAAGCAAACACAUUCUUUGCUCGUUCGGACUCUCUCAUUGCGGGCCAGACGUGAAAGUCAGGUGAGCAUCUUUAACUUCAGACCGCCAAACAAAGACUCGGAGGUGGAUUUCGCGGACGAUGAGUUCAGCAUUCAUGGAGAUUCGGACAGUCGUGGUGGCGCGCUGGCAUUGCCCUGGAGUAGACGACGCACCAGCGCUCAGAGCACGUGCAGUCACACCUCGCAGUUCUUCUUCCCGAGUCUCAACAUCAACGGCAAACUCUUCGUAGCCAUGGACCAGAACGGCAUCUCAGGCCCGGGGCCGCUGUCUCCUCUGCCGCUGCCCGCCUGCACCAUGGAGAAGGUCAAAGAGGAAAGUGGACGCAACUCCACCAGUGAGCUGAGCUGUAUGCUUCUACCCCAACAGCCCCUGGGGGGCCGUGACCGGGCUCUGAGCGCCACCAGCUACAUCACUGAUGCCAUGGAAGAACUGGAGGAGGCCCAGCAGAAGUGUCACCCGUGCUGGUACACGUUUGCUCAGAAGUACCUGGUGUGGACGUGUUGUCCGGGCUGGCUGAAGGUGAAGGAGUGGAUGAAGUUCAUGGUGAUGGAUCCGUUCCUAGAUCUGGCCAUCACUAUCUGCAUCGUUCUCAACACGCUCUUCAUGGCUCUGGAACAUUAUCCCAUGACUGAUGACUUCAACAGGAUGUUGUCUGUGGGGAACCUGGUGUUCACAGGUAUCUUCACAGCAGAGAUGGUUCUGAAGAUCAUCGCUCUGGAUCCGUACUAUUACUUCCAGCAGGGAUGGAACAUCUUCGACAGUCUCAUUGUCAGCUUGAGUCUGAUGGAGUUGGGUCUGUCGAACGUCGAGGGUCUGUCCGUCUUACGAUCAUUCAGACUGCUGAGGGUCUUCAAGCUGGCGAAGUCAUGGCCGACCCUGAACACGCUGAUAAAGAUCAUUGGGAAUUCGGUAGGAGCUUUGGGAAACCUCACACUGGUGCUGGCCAUCAUCGUCUUCAUCUUCGCCGUGGUCGGCAUGCAACUGUUCGGCAAGAACUACGAGUCGUGCGUGUGUAAGAUCUCAAAGGACUGUACGCUGCCGCGCUGGCACAUGAAGGACUUCUUUCACUCAUUUCUCAUCGUGUUCCGGGUGUUGUGCGGAGAAUGGAUCGAGACCAUGUGGGACUGUAUGGAAGUGGCUGGACAGCCGCUGUGCCUCCUGGUCUUUAUGCUGGUCAUGGUUAUCGGGAACCUCGUGGUCUUGAAUCUCUUCUUGGCUUUGCUCCUGAGUUCCUUCAGCGCGGACAACCUAUCGGCUCCGGACGAAGACGGCGAGAUGAACAACCUGCAGAUCGCCAUCGCUCGGAUCCAGCGGGGCAUGCUGUGGCUACGGCAGGCCCUCUGCGACUUCUUCAACGGGAACUUCAAGCGUCGCCGUCAGCAGACUAAGGAGGCCAAAGCCAUGAUGAAACUCAAGCAGCGCAGCCAGCAGGCAUACUUGGCGGAGGGCAACGGGACCGCCAUAGUCAUCGAGCGCGGUGGUGAAGAAGACAGCUACAUGACCAACCCCAACCUGACCAUCAGCGUGCCCAUUGCGCCCGGAGAGUCCGACGUGGAGUUCCCCGAGGAGGAAGAGGAGAAGGAGGAGGACGAAGCAAGCGAGAGCUCGGAGGAGGAGGAGAUAGAGGAAACAAAGCCGAGAGAUGACACCAGCGUAUCAGAGGGCAGCACAGUUGACCUCAGGAAGCCCGGCGAGGAGGAGGACGAGUAUUCAGAGAUAGCAGAAGAUGCCAUGGAUCCGGAAAACUGCUUUCCUGAAGUUUGUGUGAGUCAUUUUCAGUGCUGUGACAUCAACACGUCUGAGGGUUUAGGUCGGGCAUGGUGGCGUCUGAGGAGGACCUGUUAUCAGAUCGUGGAGCACAACUGGUUCGAGACUUUCAUCAUCUUCAUGAUCUUACUCAGCAGUGGAGCUCUCGCGUUUGAAGACAUUUACAUCGAGCAAAGGAAAGUGGUGAAAGUGGUGCUGGAAUACGCCGACAAGAUCUUCACCUACAUCUUCAUCCUGGAAAUGGCUCUGAAAUGGAUCGCCUACGGCUUCAGGAAAUACUUCACUAACUACUGGUGCUGGCUAGACUUCCUCAUUGUGGAUGUCUCUCUAGUAAGCCUCGUAGCAAGCACGCUUGGGUACUCCGACUUUGCCGCCAUCAAAUCGCUCAGAACGCUCAGGGCACUCAGACCGCUGAGAGCGCUGUCCAGAUUUGAAGGCAUGAGGGUGGUGGUGAACGCGCUGAUCGGCGCCAUUCCGUCCAUCAUGAACGUUCUGCUGGUGUGUCUGAUCUUCUGGCUGAUUUUCAGCAUCAUGGGCGUCAACCUCUUCGCUGGGAAGUUCGGCCGCUGCAUUAACAGAACGGGCUUCAUCUACAAUUCAUCAGACAUCAACAACAGAACCGAGUGUCUGGCCAUGAACAACAGCUCACUGUACUACUGGACAAAAGUCAAAGUGAACUUCGAUAACGUGGGCGCUGGUUACCUCGCGCUCCUUCAAGUGGCCACUUUUAAGGGCUGGAUGGAUAUCAUGUACGCCGCAGUCGACUCACGAGCCGUGGAGGAACAGCCCAUUAAAGAGAACAGCUUGUACAUGUAUCUGUACUUUGUGAUCUUCAUCAUCUUCGGCUCGUUCUUCACUCUCAAUCUCUUCAUUGGUGUCAUCAUCGAUAACUUCAACCAGCAGAAACGAAAGUUAGGUGGACAGGAUAUAUUCAUGACGGAAGAACAGAAGAAAUAUUAUAACGCCAUGAAGAAACUGGGAUCCAAAAAGCCACAGAAACCGAUCCCAAGACCUCCUAACCCAAUUCAAGGAUUCUUCUUCGACUUGGUGUCCAAACAAGCAUUUGACAUCAUCAUAAUGCUGCUCAUCAUAUUUAACAUGGUCACGAUGAUGGUGGAAACAGACGAGCAGUCUCCGAGCAUCGAGUACAUCCUCUACUAUGUUAAUCUGGCCUUCAUCAUCCUCUUCACCACCGAGUGCAUCAUUAAAAUCAUCGCGCUGCGCUGCUACUUCUUCACUGUCAGCUGGAACAUCUUCGACUUUGUGGUCGUGAUCCUCUCCAUCGUGGGUAUCGUUCUUGCGGAUAUCAUCGAAAAAUAUUUCGUGUCACCCACACUUUUCCGAGUCAUUCGUCUGGCUCGAAUCGGACGAAUCCUUCGACUCAUUCGAGGAGCCAAAGGAAUAAGAACGUUGCUCUUUGCCUUAAUGAUGUCGUUGCCCGCGUUGUUUAACAUCGGCCUUCUGCUCUUCCUCGUCAUGUUCAUCUACGCCAUUUUCGGCAUGGCCAACUUCGCCUACGUCAAGAAGCAAGGUGGCAUCGACGACAUGUUCAACUUCGAAACGUUCGGUAACAGCAUGAUCUGCCUCUUCCAGAUAACCACAUCGGCUGGCUGGGACAACCUGCUGAACCCCAUCCUAAAUAAUUCCCCAGAGGAGUGUGAUGCAAAUAUACCCCACACGGGUACAAACGCCCGCGGUAACUGCGGCAAUCCCUCGGUGGGCAUCACCUUUUUUGUGACCUACAUCAUCAUCUCGUUCCUCAUCGUGGUCAACAUGUACAUUGCCAUUAUUUUGGAGAACUUCAGCGUGGCCACAGAGGAGAGCACAGAGCCGUUGAGCGAGGACGAUUUCGAAAUGUUCUACGAGGUCUGGGAGAAGUUUGACCCGGAGGCGACGCAAUUCAUAGAGUACUCCAAACUCUCGGACUUUGCCGACACGCUCUCCGAGCCGCUACGUAUCAGCAAGCCCAAUAAAAUCAAACUAAUUUCCAUGGACCUGCCUAUGGUGAGUGGAGACAAGAUCCACUGCCUGGACAUCUUGUUCGCGUUCACCAAACGCGUUCUGGGCGAGUCGGGCGAAAUGGACGCCCUGAAACAGCAAAUGGAGGAGAAGUUCAUGAUGGCCAACCCGUCCAAGAUCUCCUACGAGCCCAUCACCACCACUCUCAGGCGUAAACAAGAGGACGUGUCUGCUAUCAUGAUACAAAGAGCGUACAGGAGACAUCUGAUGUGGCGACAGUUGAGACAAGCCUCGUUGCUUUACCGUCAAAUCAACACACCGGGAUCUGCCAAAGAGGACGAUGAUGACGAAGACGGUACGCCGGAAAACGAGGUCCUUGCAGCCUCGAUGAUGGACAACUAUGGACCUGAAGUGGAGAUUUCAGAGACGCUGUCUUCGCCGCCAUCGUACGACAGCGUAACGAGAGCGACUAGCGAGCUUUUCCAAGCUCUAAUCCCAGAAUCCAGGAAAACGGACCUGAGCGAAACUUUUCCAACGCCCGACAGAGAUCGUGAGACGUUUCUGUGACGACGAAACACUCUUGGACACAAUUCGAGUUGGACGUCUUUUUCUUUUGUUUACUGAAUGUAACAUAGCGCAAAUGACACAAAAUCAUACACGUGGUUGUGCGUUAAAGGUUUUUGUAGAACAUGCUAUCGAAACAUUUUCUCGGUUCAUGUUUUGUUUGAAUAUACAAGGGGAAAGUGUCACAGACAUGCUCACUACCCAUGCAUAUGUCAACGCUCACGGUUUGAAUGCAUGAACGAGAUCAGUAGAUGUAAUCAAGGACGUAAUAAUAAUAUACAAGAUUGAAAGGAACACAGUUUAUCGACAAGUCCGCCUACGGUCUUAAAAUGGGGUGAUUCCUAUUAGCAAUUACGUAGAAGAAAACCGAAGGACAAUCCUAGCGAUACAUCCAUGUAAAUGUUAUCGGUCCGUCGUAGAUUCAUAAUCCACACCAUUUUUGAAAGCACGACGAUUACCUCUUUCUGAUUUGUGUCACUAGCGAUGAAAAGGCAGCAAAAAUAAUUGGGUAAUAUUUGACACAUUACAUUUUAGCUUGAGUAUUUGCACUUUCUGUUUGCCACAUUGUGUUUGUUGUUUUGUCUCCCGGAUAUGAAAGCCAAUUCUUGUUUAUGAAAAGUCAUUAUAAGGUGCAAGUUAUCAAGACUAGUAAAAGACAAUCAAACACGCACCAGGUCUCCGCUUAAACCCUGUCUUUACUCACUUCUAGGGAAAGAUUGCACAUGCUUAUUUUCAAAUGAUCAAUUACGCUACACAUUUGUUUCUAUUGUGAAGUAUUUAUUUUGCAUGUUAAAACUGCAUGGUAUGGAGGGAAGACAAGUUGAACACUUUCUUUUUACGGCUGAUAAUUGUUUUGCACACUAUACGUUCAGCAAUAAUUUGCUACAUUUAGGUAUAAAUGAUCAUUACGAUAUUUAUUGGAAUUCAAAACGUGUCAAAGUUUCUACUGUAAUGGCCUCCAGCUGUAACUGUGGCUUAUAUUACUAGUGAAUAGCACAUGUGCUUUUUCUAUCUCAAACUCACGUUAGGAGAUCAGUCCGCUUGGACGCGGGUUGGCAGGUUUGGUGAAGGGCUGUUUUAUGUAGCAAUAGAUCCCAAGUGUGCCUGCUAGAACUUAAAUCCUGUGUUUAUAAUUCAUUCAUCUUUUGUAAAUCAUUGCAACACACUCCUCACCUUAAAUGGCGUCGAACUGAAAGCGUUCUAUUGGCAUGUUUAUGUGAAUUUGUGAGUAUUUAUGUGAUGUCAUAACAUUGUUCCUCUACAUCCCAUACGGAAAUGACCCGUAGUUUUGGCAUGGUGAUUCCGUCGAGAUAACAGACUCUGUGGUUGUUUUAACAGUAAAACCGUAGUAAACAUUCAUAAGGGAUUUUCACCCCUAUGUGAGAGGAACCACCGCUGACAUCAGAAAACACAAUGACGAGAUUCUGAAAGUGUCUUACCCCGAUUGAAGGAGAUUUCUAAAGAAAAUGGUUUGUAACACUUUACAAUAAGGUCCUAUACGUUAGCGUGGAAUGUUCCGGGUUCAACACAAGUUGAGCUCAAUCGACAGCAUUUGUGGCAUAGUGAUGAUUACCGCAAAAAUGGAUUUCAACUCAAAUUUCAAAGCAAAAAUCGGCUUUGGAUGGAGAAAACGGGGCCGUACAUGUUCAAAUAUAGCCGCAAGACAAUAUGUGCGUUAACGUGAUUUUAGUGGAAUAUCCAGUUAUAUCCAAUUUUGCAACUUUGUUGCAUUGAUGACGUAAUGUCUUUAACCCUAAAAAUCUUAAAUGACCAUAAAAACUCAAAUGUAAACAACUUUUAUGAAUGAAUGUAAGUGCUUUUAUACAAUGAUAAACUUCACACUUUUGCAUUUUUUAUUAUUUUUUUUUUUUUUGGAAAAGGAGGAUCGAGUCGAAAUUAAUUUUUGUGGUAAUCAAGACUAUGCCGCAGAUGCUGUCGAUGGAGAUGAACUUGCAUUGAACCCGGAAUAGUCCAUUAAUGCAUUAGGUAUCAUAAAGGAACAAUAUAUUAACCUUGGUUGAUUUAUGAAAUACACUACUGUUCAAUGUUAGUGUAUGUUACAAUAAUAAGUAUUGUUCAUUGUUAAUUCGUGUUGUUUAAUAUUAGCAUAUGCAGCUUUAUUGUAAAGGGUUACUAAAUGUUCGUAGAGUAGUUUGGCAGAAACUAUUAUGGCAAUGGUCAUUUUUAAGGAAUCUCUGAAGAGUCAAAUUUGACAUCUGUUUUGUGAAAUGAGAUGCAAGCAAAUUCCCAAAGCAUUUAGGAAAAAUAAUUGGCAAAGACUAUUAUGGGUUUUUCGAUGGCUGAUAUCUAAAGAGCAGGAUGGCCGUUAUAUACAUAAUACAAUUUAACAACAACAAAUUAGAUGUACACCAAAUUUCUUAAGUAAAACAUUUAUUUUAUGCUAUAUUAACUCAAAUGUGCUUAGGCACUGAAAACAGAAAUUGUUUACUAUCCAAUGACAAAUCUAUUGUUAUAUUCGGCCAAUGCUAAUAAUCGCAAAACAGCCAAAUAUGGUGCAAUUAAUUGGACUAGAUGAUAUAUCAGUGGAUCACUUGUCUAGACUUCCACUCCAGUGAUCUGAUUCAUGCAUCAGUUUUCCAUCAAAUUCCAAAGUGAUUUCAGUCCACUUUGAUACUGCAAUAAAAUCCAUAAAAUCAUUUUUCGAAUAUUUCAUUACAACAUGAUUACAUUGUAUUGUCGAAUGAGAGAAUCAAGUUUAAAUCAGUAAAGGAUAUCAAUGUGUAAAUUUUUCCUAAAUUCAGAUGUAUGCAUAUGGAAAUUGCUAGAAUUCAUUUUUAGAGGUUGACCGAUAGUGGAAAAGUCCGAUAACUGAUUAAUCGGCAGGUAGUUUUUAAAGUGAUUGAUUGAAUGUUACAAUAUUUUAUUAGUUGGCACAGAUAUAGAGGCCAGAUGUAGUUACAUUUUAACCAAAGUACCAAUAAUAAUCAGAUAAAAAGAAGACUGGGUACAUAACGUGGUACUUUUAACUCUAAAUAUACCUAAAACACAACGGGGGACUCUUAUUUUGAAAUGAGGUAGACUUGGCACUGUUACAAUGCUCCAUUUUUAAUAUUGACCAAAUUGAACAUUUUAUAGCCUAUAUGUUAUUAUUACUCACAAUAUAAGAAGUCGGAACAUGUUGUAUGUGCUGACGAGGGACGUUUCCAUAAAGUAGAAUUUUUUUUUGCAUGUCCUCUCUUCAAUUUAAUAAACGUAAUUAGAGGAACACGGAGGACUAAGAAAAACUAUCGGCAACUAUCGGUAUAGAUUUUUGCCGAUAACUGAUUUUUGUUUUUAAAAGCAACUAUCGGCACCAAUUAAUCUGUAAAACCGAUAUAUCAUCUACCUAUAUUACUGUUAAAGAAAAUUGUUUUAUAUAAUUAUUAGAGGAACAUUGAGCAAUUAAAAUAACUAUCGGCAACUAUCAGUAAAGAUUUUUGUCGAUAACCGAUUUUUUUAUAGAUGAUAACUGGCAUCUAUCGGCACCGAUUAAUCUGUAAAACCGAUAUAUCGUCUACCUCUAUUAAAGAUAAACGUUAAAUGAAAUUAUCAGAGGAACAUGGAGCAAUUAAAAAAAAAAACUAUCGGCAACUAUGGAUAUUUGCCGAUAACCAAUAGUUAAAAAAAAGCAACUAUUGGCACCAAUUAAUCUGUAAAACCGAUAUAUCGUUUACCUCUAUUAAUUACAUUUAACGUUUACCUUUAAACGUAAUAGAGGAACAUGGAGCAAUUAAAAAAAAUAUCAGGCAAUUAUCAGUAUAGAUUUUUGCCGAUAACCAUAGAAAAACAAAAACAACUAUCGGCACCAAUUAAUCAUAAAACCGAUAUAUCGGUCUACCUCUAAAUAUACACUUCAUGUAGCUCAGUCAGGGUGGAAACCAGGUUUAAUUGACAUGAAUGAAAAUGAGGCUGUGAGUGAAAGAACUACAGUACAGUCUGUUCAACAUGUCAAACUGUUGAACAGACUGUUCAUUUUUAUUUUGAAUUAUAACCAAAAUAUGGUCCGACUAACAGAAUCAUGCAUUGGAAGGUAAACGAUAAAUGCAUCAUAAAUAAUUGAUUAAUGCUCUAUUGGCAUUUGUGUUUGUGAAAUGGGCCGUGUCUGUAAUCAUGCUGUUGUCCACUUUGAAGUCAAACAAAAGUUAAAGUCAACAUGAAAGCAGAAUUGACCCUAUUUACUUUCUUAAUACGCGUUUGUUUUUUUCAUUUUGACUUGUUCUGCCUCGGAAACGACUUUCUUUUUCGGCUGACGUCAUCAAGCCCUUUUAAUAUUCAACCAUCUGUCACAUAACGACUUUACAUGCAAUCUACUUUGGGUUGCAAAUGUUGACCUUCAAAACAAUGAGUAAAACUAUGGAAUAAAUGCACAGCAUAUCAAGAGACCGAUAUGAGGGGUAUUUCUCUACAUAUUGAGCAGCAUCUGGCACAUGUGUAAUGAACUGCCUUUGGUCAAACUGUUUUUGCACAGGAGAGAGCCAUACAAUUCUCCAAGAAGGUUCAAGCUUUAGUUGCGCGUUAGCCUUUAGCAUGUUAAAUGCAACGCAUGUGUGCGCGCCCAUUCUUCAUGCCAUGCAGUGCUGUUUUCCCGUAGCGAGGGGUUGCGGCCGAGCCGUAGUUUCGUUUCUUGUUGUGAGACUUUCAGAUGGCUCCUUCACUGUGGAAGCGGAGCAGAUUUGGUGUGACGCCCCCUUCCAUUGAGCACUCCAUAGCACACUACUCUCUCAUCAUCGAACAAAGCCAAAGAGUCUUUUCUGAGUCGAGAUUUGUAACACAACACGUAUGCUCAAAAUGAAGCAUUGUGUGCUGUCUUGAUGUCUGCUGCCUAUAUAGCAAGGCAGCAAACACCCUGACACUCUAAUACACAUAACAAUACAUCCCACCAACAAAUAUUGGGUCAAAUAUACCAUUUAUAAUUGUUUUUGGUAUUGAAUGAAUUAUAACCUAUUUAUACAGUAGCAUUAAUGGAAUAUUCCGGGUUCAAUACAAGUUCAGCUCAGGUGAUGGCAUUUGUGGCAUAAUGUUGAUUACCACAAACAAUCAUUUCCCUCAUUAACGUGCCUCAUUUAAAAAAAAAAAAAAAAAAAAAGCAAAA